AAAAAAAUAAAAAUCGACUUACUUUGGACGCACUGCAAAAUUGGCUGGGCAAACCCGAUACAAGAGUCGACUUCUCUCCACCUGAGCAAGAGUAGACCGUCGGGACUACGUCUAUUAUCAACCUUUUUGUCUGCAAUCCGGUUUUGGUCAAAUCUUUGCAAUCAAUUCCAAAAUGACCACAGACGCAGGAAAAAUGGACGUCGACUUCGCCAUCAAGCCCGAGGCCGUUACGCCCGCCAUCCCGACAUCAGAGUGGCCGUUGUUGUUGAAGAACUAUGAUAAACUGCUCGUCCGAACCGGUCACUUCACUCCCAUCCCGGCUGGUUGCACGCCCCUGAAGCGCGACCUGAAAUCAUAUAUUAGUUCUGGUGUCAUUAACCUGGACAAGCCGUCGAAUCCAUCCAGUCAUGAGGUUGUGGCAUGGAUGAAGAGGAUAUUGAGAGUUGAGAAAACCGGUCACAGCGGAACCCUCGACCCAAAGGUCACAGGGUGCCUAAUUGUCUGUAUCGACCGUGCGACGCGCCUCGUCAAAUCCCAGCAAGGCGCCGGAAAGGAGUACGUGUGUGUGAUCCGUCUGCACGAUAAGAUCCCCGGCGGAGAAGCGCAGUUUGCCCGCGCCCUCGAGACCCUCACGGGCGCCCUUUUCCAACGCCCGCCCUUGAUCUCCGCUGUCAAACGCCAGCUGCGUAUCCGCACGAUCCACGAAAGCAAGCUAUAUGAGUUCGACAACGAUAGGCAUCUGGGCGUGUUCUGGGUGAGCUGUGAGGCGGGUACCUAUAUUCGGACGCUUUGUGUGCAUCUAGGACUGUUGCUGGGUGUUGGUGCGCAUAUGCAGGAGCUGCGGCGAGUAAGGAGUGGAGCGAUGGAUGAGAAGGAUGGGAUGGUGACGCUGCAUGAUGUGCUUGAUGCACAGUGGAUGAUGGAUAAUAACCGUGACGAAUCGUAUCUGCGACGGGUUAUCCGGCCGCUGGAGAGCUUGCUUACCUCGUACAAGCGCAUUGUAGUUAAGGAUAGCGCUGUUAAUGCCGUUUGCUAUGGUGCUAAGCUUAUGAUUCCUGGAUUGUUGCGGUUUGAGGCGGGAAUUGAAAUCCACGAAGAAGUAGUCCUCAUGACUACCAAGGGUGAGGCUAUUGCCAUCGCAAUCGCCCAAAUGUCGACCGUCGAACUUUCGACGUGCGAUCACGGUGUCGUGGCCAAAGUGAAGCGUUGUAUCAUGGAGCGUGAUCUCUACCCGCGCAAAUGGGGUCUAGGUCCGGUUGCAUUGGAAAAGAAGAAGCUCAAGUCUGAUGGCAAACUUGAUAAAUAUGGCCGACCAAACGAGAAAACUCCCGCGAAAUGGAACGCUGAGUACAAGGAUUUCAACGCCCCAUUAGCUAGUGCUGCAGGAGAUUCUUCUGCUGCUCCUGCUGCCGCCAAGGAAUCCGCCCCAGCUCCUCAAGUAAAUGGAAGCUCGCCGGCCGCGGAAGAAGAUGACGAGAAGAAGCGGAAGCGACGCGAGGGCGAGACUGCCGAGGAGCGGGCCGAACGAAAACGCAGAAAGAAGGAGAAGAAGGAGAAGAAGGAAAAGAAAGAAAGAAGAAAAUCGAAACAAGCGGCAAAGAGCGACGAUGAGAGCGAGUAAAAUGGAGCAUGUGAAAAGGAAAGAAAGGAUUGUGUCUUGAAGCGGCUUAUUACUAUUUUCCCCUCCAAACCGAUGCUGCUCUCGACACUGACUCGUUAUUUUCCUUUUUAUUUGAUUUUCUUGUAUCAUAUUCGUUUGCUCUGCUCCCUUGCUUAAGUUCUUUGCCUUUCUGGCCUGUUGUUUUGUCUAUUUACAUUUUUCUUCGCGGAGUUUUUGGGAAAAACUGGAGUUCUGUUUCCUGUUGUCAAUUUUUUCUUGUUAUCUUCCUGUGAAUGUGUUCUGCGAAAUGCGAUAAUUUCUCCAAGGAGUCUACGUGUGAGUGUGUUCAAUGUAUGUAUGUUUGUGUCAUCUAUUCCAUGGCUGGUUAUCAGUUUUUGUAUUUGGAAAUACAAAGAACCAGCUUUAUUUCUUGCAUAUCUCAAUAUGAUGAAUGUUAUUAUCUCUGAAUGAAGA